AUGAUUCGAACCGUGAAUCCUUAUAACACAGCAAGAACUGCUGAAAUCAUGUCUAGGUACAGGCCAAUAGCGCCGAAGCCGGAGUCUGGACAAGAGAAUUCAGGCGUGAGUGAAAAUCCCGGUGUGCCUCAGAGUAUGAGAAGGUCUCCUUAUUUGAGGGAUGUUUGGAAUCACUUGCAGGCAAGGCCCACGAGGACUAGGAAGAGAGGGAGGAGUUCUUUUGCACCACCGGCACCGGCGAUGAAAAGGGCGAGUACUUGUCUUCAGGGGCUGUCGCCGCCGUAUCAGAUAACGAAUUCACCAGCCAAGAAUUUAGCCAUUCUUGGAUUUGCCCAUAACCCAAAUGGGAAGAAACCUGAAAUUGAUUUGAACAUAGCGGUGGAAUAUUCUGAGGAAUUGGGUUUCUUGCCACAAUCAAAAGAACCGAUCAAUCCAGUCGUUAUAACACCACGAGCUGUUCGCCCCAUCGGCUCCACCAUAAGUGUCAAAAACAUCAGCGAGAAUUCAGGGAAACGAGCCACUGCUACAGGCAAGCAAGUAUUGAAGAAUGCGACAGAAGUGGAGGAGGAGGUUGAGGCCGAGGCAAUGCCAGCCGUCGUAUCUGAUUCAAACAACAAGGUUAGACUGACAAACUCUGCCUACAAGGAAAUGGUGGGUCAGCCCGAAUGCUGCUGGCUCGAUUCUGUUCCUUCCUACGAUGGUAGUGGUGCAUGCAAGAGAAUCGGUGGAGAGGUUGUGCUCCUACUCGAGGAUUCGUGUUUUUCUCUGUCAUUGAAUGGUUUUAACUGCUGGGUGAAAAUUGAGUGGGCAAGCAAUGGAAAAAGAAGUUGUGUGAAUGCCUAUUGUGAAGCCAUGAAAUUGGGUUGUGAAGCAAAGGAUUAUCAGUUCUUAUGGAGGUUCCAUAAGAGUGAAGCUUCAAAAUCUGGUUCCAAUAUUUGA